GAGACUAGCAGCUUGUUGACUGAGAGGCCGAGGUUCUAGACACUGCUGUUAUCACAUGGUGAAUAUCACCACGUCCGUCUGACCACACAACCAGGAUCUGAGACAUCAACAUGUGUAGGGGAUUAGCAACGCUUCCUGCGACAUGUCUGAAGAGUGCCAGAGACAUAAAACACAAGAUCGGCUUUCUGCUGCAGAAACCAGAUCUGCUACCAGACUCCAAGAAUGUCAAGGACAGGAGCAUAGAGGCAGACAGAGUCCCUGGGCCCUCCAAAGUCCAGAAGUGGCGGGAGUCCUUCAACAACGUGAUGAACAGUGAAGAUGGUCGCACGGUGUUCGCUGACUUCCUGAAGUCGGAGUUCAGUCAGGAAAACAUGGAGUUCUGGAACGCCUGCGAGGACUACAAAAAGACCCCUUUAAACAAGAUGGCCGCCAAGGCCAAACAGAUCUACGAGCAGUUUGUGGAGGCAGACUCUCCAAAUGAGGUAAACCUGGACUCAGCCACCAGAGAAGAAACCAAACAGAACCUUCAGUCCGCCGGGCCUUCCUGUUUCCACGACGCCCAGAUCAAGAUCUUCACCCUGAUGGAGAAGGACUCCUACAGGCGCUUCUUGUGCUCCAAACGGAUCCAGGAUCUCAGCGCCUCGGCCGGGUCCCCUGCCCCCAAGGAGGCCUCCAGGGGGAUAGGGUGCGUCCUGGGGAGCAGGCAGGCUCUCGUGUCCGGAGCUUAGAUUCACUUCAGAGUCCCAAACGCCUCAUACUAAAUCGUUUGGGGAAGCUGUGAGAGGACACGAUUUGGUGUUGUGGAUGGAGAGGCUGUCGGGAAGGGGGGGAGAAUGAGUCGUGAUUUGUCUUGUGUUUGGGACUGAUUGGAUGAUUGGGUCUCAGCUAUGAAUGUUAAAAAUGUUUCAUCUCAAGGUCAGAUUUGAGUCGAGUCUUUCCAACAGAACUUUAAGAAAUACAUUUGAACUUUAUCCUUCUACUAAGCAUCUAUAAGGGGUCCAAAAGUGUUCUAGAACUUGUCAUAUUUUGAGUUUUCAAGUAAAACCUUAACCGACAAUGAAUUUUGUUUAUUUGACAAAAGUUAAACUUGCAUUUCGAGGCUUUGUGUAAUGUGAGUUUUACAGCUUCAAGCUCACUUGACCUUUGGUGAUAUUGCGGUCGAGUCACGAAUAGGUGUUGUUUUGAGGCGCAACAAUGUGAAGUUACCUCGGAAACCAACACCCAUAUGCUGACACAUCCAUGCAAACACAAACAAACAUCACCAGUAAUCAUUCAGACAGGUUUGUGAAGAAAGUUUUUGCAAUCACAUGACUGUGACAUUUUUUGUUUCUGGAUAUAUCUGUAUUCCGGGGGGAAAUUCUAAUGUGUCCAAUUGGUGUGAAAGUUGAAUCUGCUCAUGGUAGCUCCUCCCAUGUCAUCACAUUGGUAAUGCUGCAACCUGACUUUAUUGACAUCAUGUUUGUAACUCUUUAUAUUCAUCCGUGAACUUUACAUGAUAUUAUUGUUGUUGUUCAUUUUCCAGUAUAUGUUGAGUAAGUUAUUAACGUCAUGUAGCAUUGUAAUUGUUGGUAGGCAACCAAGACCAAUAUAUGUGCUUUGUUACUAUCGUUUGUGACAUUCGAUGCUUUAUACUGUACCAGAAAGUCAAGGUGCUUCAGAUUUCACAUGGAAAUAUGUUAUAUUAUAUUUAUUGUAAAAAUGUCAUAGCUAUAUUAAUGUGCCUGGUAAUAACUGUAAUUCUAUCCAAAUAAAAAGAUAAGUGAU